AGCAGCCGCCCGCGAGCCGCCGCGGAGCCUCCUCGCCCGCUCCCGCCGGCGAGCAAGAUGAUGUGCGAGGUGAUGCCGACCAUCAGUGAAGCCGAAGGCCCCCCGGGAGGAAGUGGGAGUCAUGGGUCCGGCUCUCCAUCGCAGCCAGACGCAGAUUCACACUUCGAACAGCUGAUGGUGUCCAUGCUGGAAGAGCGGGACCGUCUUCUGGACACGCUGAGAGAGACUCAGGAAACGCUGGCCUUGACCCAGGGGAAGUUACACGAGGUUGGUCACGAGCGAGACUCCUUGCAGAGGCAGCUCAGCACGGCGCUCCCACAGGAGUUCGCAGCACUUACCAAGGAGCUCAACGUCUGCAGGGAGCAGCUCCUGGAGAGAGAGGAAGAGAUCGCAGAGCUGAAGGCGGAAAGGAACAACACCAGGCUGCUGCUGGAGCACUUGGAGUGCCUCGUGUCCAGGCACGAGCGGUCCCUGCGCAUGACGGUGGUGAAGCGGCAGGCGCAGUCCCCGGCGGGCGUGUCCAGCGAGGUGGAGGUGCUCAAAGCGCUCAAGUCCUUGUUCGAGCACCACAAAGCCCUGGACGAAAAGGUGAGGGAGCGGCUACGAGUAGCACUUGAAAGGUGUAGUUUGUUAGAAGAAGAACUAGGGGCCACACACAAAGAGCUAAUGAUUCUUAAAGAACAGAAUAAUCAGAAAAAAACGUUAACCGAUGGAGUGCUUGACAUGAACCACGAGCAAGAAAAUACUCCGAGCACAAACGGACAGAGAUCUUCCGACGGUUCUUUAAGCCACGAGGAAGACCUUGCCAAAGUCAUCGAGCUCCAGGAAAUCAUAGACAAGCAGUCAGAGGAGCAGAGCCAGAUGAAGGAGCGCCUGGCCGCACUCUCCAGUCACGUGGCAGAGCUGGAGGAGGACCUGGACACCGCCAGGAAGGACCUCAUCAAGUCUGAGGAGGUGAACACGAAGCUGCAGCGCGAUGUCCGUGAAGCCAUGGCCCAGAAGGAGGACAUGGAGGAGAGGAUCACUACUCUUGAAAAACGCUACCUCGCGGCACAGCGCGAAGCCACCUCUGUGCACGACCUCAACGAUAAACUUGAAAACGAGAUCGCAAAUAAAGACUCUAUGCACCGGCAGACCGAGGACAGGAACCGGCAGCUGCAGGAGCGCCUGGAGCUCGCCGAGCAGAAGCUACAGCAGACGCUGCGGAAGGCCGAGACUCUCCCCGAGGUGGAGGCCGAGCUGGCGCAGAGGGUGGCCGCGCUCUCCAAGGCCGAGGAGAGGCACGGCAACAUCGAGGAGAGGCUCCGGCAGAUGGAGGCACAGUUGGAAGAGAAGAACCAGGAGCUGCAGCGGGCGAGACAGAGAGAAAAAAUGAACGAGGAGCAUAACAAGCGCCUGUCAGACACCGUGGACAGGCUUCUUUCGGAAUCCAACGAGAGGCUUCAGCUCCAUCUUAAGGAGAGAAUGGCUGCUCUGGAGGACAAGAAUUCUCUGUUGCGAGAAGUUGAAACUGCGAAGAAGCAGUUAGAAGAGGCACAACACGAUAAGGACCAGCUUGUCCUAAACGUGGAGGCGCUGAGAGCGGAGUUAGACCAGACACGGCUGAGAGGCGCGUCCCUUCAUCACGGCCGACCGCACUUGGGCAGUGUCCCUGAUUUCCGGUUCCCUGUGGCAGACGGCCCCACGGACUCCUACAGCAGCGGCGCCGUGUUGCGGCGCCCCCAGAAGGGCCGUCUGGCUGCUCUGCGAGAUGAGCCUUCCAAGGUACAGACUCUGAAUGAGCAGGACUGGGAACGUGCCCAGCAAGCCAGCGUGCUAGCAAACGUGGCCCAGGCAUUCGAGAGUGACGUUGAUGUGUCUGAUGGCGAAGACGACAGGGACACUCUCUUCAGUUCGGCCGCUCUGCUGUCGCCCAGUGGGCAGGCCGACGCCCAGACGUUGGCCAUGAUGCUUCAGGAGCAGCUGGACGCCAUCAACAAAGAGAUCAGGCUGAUCCAAGAAGAGAAGGAGAGUGCGGAGCAGCGCGCCGAGGAGAUUGAGAGCCGCGUGGGCAGUGGCACUUUAGACAGCCCGGGCCGGUUCCGCUCUGGGGGCACCGCCCCCCCACACCCCACGUCCACGCUCACAGGCCCGUCCCCUCCGCACAGCGGGCGCUCCACUCCACGAAGGGGUCCACACAGCCCCGCCAGGGAGGUGGACAGACUGGGGGUCAUGACACUGUUGCCGGCUUCCCGGGAAGAGGUACGAGAUGACAAGGCAACGAUAAAAUGUGAAACAUCCCCCCCCUCCUCCCCGAGAUCCCUCCGCUUAGACAGGCUGCACAAAGGAGCACUGCACACGGCCAGCCACGAGGACAUCAGGGACGUUAGAAACUCCACGGGCUCGCAGGACGGGCCCGUGAGCAACCCCAGCAGCAGCAGCAGCAGCCAGGACUCGCUGCACAAGGCCCCCAGGAAGAAGGGCAUCAAGUCCUCCAUCGGCCGGCUGUUUGGCAAGAAGGAGAAGGGCCGUCCCGGCCACGCCGGCAAGGAGCCCACGGGACCAGCUGCUGCUUCGGAGAUGGAAAACUCCUCUCAGGACGCCCUGGGACUCAGCAAACUGGGAGGACAGGCUGAAAAAAAUCGUAAACUUCAAAAAAAGCACGAAUUGCUCGAGGAAGCCCGGAGACAGGGUUUGCCUUUCGCACAGUGGGAUGGACCGACCGUCGUGGUUUGGCUGGAGCUGUGGGUCGGGAUGCCGGCCUGGUACGUGGCCGCCUGCCGAGCCAACGUGAAGAGCGGCGCCAUCAUGUCCGCGCUGUCGGACACGGAGAUCCAGCGGGAGAUCGGCAUCAGCAACCCGCUGCACCGGCUCAAGCUGCGGCUGGCCAUCCAGGAGAUCAUGUCCCUGACCAGUCCGUCAGCCCCUCCCACCUCGAGAACGACCCUGGCCUAUGGGGACAUGAACCACGAGUGGAUCGGCAACGAGUGGUUGCCCAGCCUGGGCCUGGCGCAGUACCGCAGCUACUUCAUGGAGUGCCUGGUGGACGCGCGCAUGCUGGACCACCUGACCAAGAAGGACCUGCGGGGGCAGCUGAAGAUGGUGGACAGCCUCCACAGAAACAGUUUUCAGUGUGGAAUCAUGUGCCUGCGGAGAUUAAAUUAUGACCGGAAAGAACUGGAGAAGAAAAGAGAAGAAAGCCAGAGUGAAAUAAAAGAUGUGCUGGUUUGGAGCAACGACCGAGUGAUUCGCUGGAUCCUGUCAAUCGGCCUUAAAGAAUACGCCAACAACCUCAUCGAGAGCGGCGUCCACGGCGCGCUGAUGGCCUUGGACGAGACCUUUGAUGCCAACGCCCUGGCGCUCCUGCUGCAGAUCCCCACACAGAACACGCAGGCUCGCGCUGUCUUGGAGAGAGAGUUUAACAACCUUCUGGUCAUGGGGACUGACAGAAGGUUUGAUGAAGAUGACGAUAAAAGCUUUAGGAGGGCACCUUCCUGGAGGAAAAAGUUUAGACCAAAGGACGUUCGUGGCUUAGCUGCUGGGUCAGCAGAGACUCUCCCCGCAAACUUCCGGGUCACUUCUCUGUCCUCGCCCUCUGUGCAGCCAAAGAAGAUGCAGCUGGACGGUACGUGGCGCCCCACGCUCCCCCGGCCGCAGCCGGCAGCACGAGCCGCUUUCUGGCGGGGGCACUAACAGCGGUCCGAGCUGGGAGUUUGGGGACGUGUGGCUGCGGUUGCGUGCAAGCUCAGGGAAGGCUUUCUGGAAGGUGCUUUCCCCGGGGCUGUAUGUGGGCCGCGAGAGCAGAACUCGCAGGCUUCUGCACAGGCAGAGCGUACACGUGCUCUAAAAUUGACCCUCACGGCUGUGUAGAAAGUUCAUACACAGACGCAUUUUCCGAUCACACCUGGUCGAACAGUAGCACGUUCUCCCGACUGAGGAAGCUGAGCGGCGCGUGUGUCCUCAGAGCGUGGGACCAACGUCCUCGCGUGCAGAGACUUGUCCGUGCGGCCUGGGGGCUCUGCCCUGAGCGGCAGGAGCUUUCCCACCGCGUCCUUCACCCCUGGGACUUGUCUCUGCGGGGAGGAGUGACUAGUCCGUUGUCAUCAGCGCAGUCUCUGCCUCCGUCCCUGCUCGCACUUGCCAGGGUCGUGACAUGUUGUAAGAGGAGGCGGCACAGGGAGCAGGGGACCCCGGGAGGUCCUCACAGAGCACGGCCGGUCCUGUCGGUACUCUGGCUGGACGGUCGUCGUGUCACCUGGUGAUGGUCCCCGGACGGUCCCUCUGCUAGUGAGGACGUGGCUGUGGCCUGCGGAGGGACGGCUCCGCUCUGACCCUGUCCCACUAAGUGACAGGAGGGAGGCCCAGACUCCCCGGCCUGGGCUAGAAUCGGGCUCUGCCCCGUGUGAGGCACAUACCUUGAGCCCUGUGCCUCAGCGUCCCCAUCUGCAGAGUGGUUGUUGCUGGCGUCUUCCUCACUGAUGGCUUGUGGCAGCGAGUCCUUCACGGGAAGCGGUUGGCGAGUGUCUGGCGUGCCCCGACCCGUCGGCCCGUGUGAUGCUUGGUGGACGGGCUGGGCAAUGCAGGGAAGGGCGCGGGUGUAGACGCACAGCGCGGUAUUCCGGUUCCCCUACCCCUCGCUCUGCCUGUGCCGAGGGCUGCGAGUUCUGCUCUCACUGCCCACGUACAGCCCCGAGGAAAGCACUUUCCAGAAAGCCUUCGCUGAGCUUUGAGUGAGGGAGGCUUGCCGGGCGGUGUUUUCAUUUAAAACACCGCAUCUCUUCACCAGACUUCAGCGGCAUGCUUAACGAGGGAAAAACCCAGCCUUUUGAAAAAAAUAGCAUUUUUCUUCGAGAAGCCUGUAGAUGAUUUCUCUAGGUUGUAGUGGUCACUUAGCCUUCGGCCUCUGGGGCAGGCAGCUGCUCUUCUGCUUUCCUCGCAGCUUCGCUUCCCGAAUCGCAUCCGGCUUGUUAGAAACGUUAGCGACGUUUGGAUCGCAGCUCGGGUGAACGAACCAUGAGCCUGGAGAAAGGCGCAGGGAGCGCAGCCCUGGGAGGGGACCCUUGCCCACGUAGCCACGGAGGCGUAACUCGGGUCCCGUGGGCGUCCUGGCUUCUGAAAUGUGGGGUGCUGGGGGCCCGGCGCCCCAGCUCCUUGCAUGUGCUUCCCGGCCCCAGGGCAGACGUCAGUAACAGGGCUCCUGGGCCACCUGUGGGAGACGGGGCUGGGGCUGGGGACUGCCCGCGGCCCGCAGCCCAGCCACGCAGGGGCUCUUGAUAGCACAGAGCACCUGAGGCGCGCCCGCGGCUCCCGCAGGAAGGGGCGCUGGGCUUGGGUUUCCUGAGCGCGGUCCCGCACCUGCUGCUGGGAGGGCAAGGCCGUCCUUCUUGGCCAGACGGCCAGAGCGGGCCUCGGGACGGGCCCUGGGACCCUGCAGCGGCCUGGGGACGCUCAGCUUGCUGCCGGGCUGUUCGCCUCCCACUCUCCCUUGACAGAUGGGUACUUAGGGCUGAAAGAACAGUCCAGAAAAGUCUAUAAAUCUGGAGGCUUUAAGGAGAGAUGAAGUCACCGUGUUCAUGAUUGUCACUAAUGCAGAGGAGUGUGGCAGAAUUGCUCUCCUGUCACCUGCUGCCCCAGGGCCCCCUGGGCUGCUCAGGGGGUGCGGGGACAAGGCCACUUGGUGACUCAGUUCCCCUCCUCCGGCUCCUCCAGUCCUGCUCGGAGGUCCCCUGGGAGCCCCACCAUAGGCGCUGCUAUGGCCGUGAAUGUGUGUGUGCGUGCAUGUGUGUGCGCGCCGCUCUGAGACUAACAGCAUGCUGUGUUUGCACGCCUCCCCUCGUGGCCGUCGGAGCAGGCGGCGUGUCAGGACCGCAGAGGCUGGACUCCGCCACGGUCAGGACUUACUCCUGCUGACGCCUC